UGUUUCACUUCCUGCUUUUGAAUAUCUGGUUGAACGACUUAAGCUUAAUUUGUCAAACUCCAGUAAGUGACUAUCCCACAUGGUUUGACUCAGAGAUUCUCUUUCGUCCACAGGCAAUCGUGUCAGGAGCAGAAAGAAAAGAGCUCCCAAAUGCUGUGGCUAUUCAGGGGCUCUCAAGAACAAUGGAAUAUCCUGAUUUAGAAAAUUUGGAUGAAGACGGAUAUACUCAAUUACGCUUCAACUCUCGAAACAAUACCAGGAUAUCCGUUGUUUCAGAGAAAGGAUCUUGUGCUGCAUCUCCUCCUUGGCGUCUCAUUGCUGUGAUUUUGGGAAUUCUCUGCUUGGUAAUACUGGUGACAGCUGUGGUCCUGGGUACCACGGCUUUUUGGAGAUCCAAUUCAGGAAGCAACCCAUUGAAGAAUGGCAACUUUCCAUCAAGAAAUAAAGAGAACCACAGUCAACCCACACAAUCAUCUUUAGAAGAGAGUGUGACUCCUACCAAAGCUGUCAAAACCACAGGAGAUCUUUCCAGCCCUUGUCCUCCUAACUGGAUUACAUAUGAGAAGAGCUGUUAUCUAUUCAGCACGUCACUAAAUUCUUGGGAUGGAAGUAAAAGACAGUGCUCUCAACUGGACUCUAACCUCCUGAAGAUAGACAGUUCAAAAGAAUUGGGAUUUAUAUUAAAGCAAGUGUCUUCCCAACCUGAUAAUUCAUUUUGGAUAGGCCUUUCUAGGACCCAGACUGAGGGACCGUGGCUCUGGGAGGAUGGAUCAACAUUCUCUUCUAACUUGUGAAAACUCUGUAUAAUUUCCUUGGUUAUAGAGAGACUUGGUAUGAUGGCUUUCUCAGAUGCUAGUCAUAGUAAUAAUGUGCUUGGUGUGCAAGAAAACUUACUGUCUCUGGAAGCUUAUCUCACUCCAAUGCGGUAUGCACUUUUUAAUUUAUUUACUUUUCCCUAGUAUUUUAUUCACUGGGCUGAUGGUUCAAGCUUCAGGCCAGUAGGAGAGGUGUUCCUAGAUAGGAACCCACUGUGGCUAAAGCAAGUGGGUAAACACAGUAUCCGAUGGUGGGCAGAGGUCCCAGCCUUGACAGAGGGAGCUGGGGAGCUGUCAGUCAGACACACUGAAGUCUUACCAGGGUGGUAGCUACCUUAGCUCUUCUGCCAGGUCAGCAGGGAAGCUAUCCACAGGCCUCUCUUUUCAUCUGUCAGAAUGUAAUGUUCCAAGUAGAGAAGAAUUGUGACUCUGCCUCUCAUGUAAGCCUGAAACUGGAGGCUGCUUCUCCUGUGGGGAUGCAGUCACCCUGAAGUGUUCUAGAAAGUCUGUCUAUGGGUGCACCCAUGUCGAGUUCUUGUGGGAGAAGACUCAGCUGUGUGUGCAGUGGAGGAUGAGGUAGGUAGGAAGUCCCCUUCUCCAAGAUCCUUGAUAAGACCAGGGCUGUCUGACUGUUGGGGUACAGCUAUGGACAUUCCAUGCUGAGCCCAGCCCUGCAAUUCUGCCUCUAUUGAAAGAAACUUCCUACCAGUGGAACAAUCUGAUCCUCAAGACCUGCCAUCUGGAUUCUUUUGUCACACAGAGUGUUCCCUUUAUGUGGUGCACUCUCCCUUCCCCUAGGAGUAGGAGUACCUGAGAGACAGACUACUAUGAGUGCUGCUGUUCCUCUGGAUCCAGCCACUCAGUGGCUCCAUACUAUUGCUGGGGGAUGUCUGCUAAGGAUCCAGUGAUGUGACCUGUCCUCCAGUCUCCAAGCAGCAGUUAUCACUACCAGCUCUGAUGGGGGUGCCAGAGGAGUGACAUAGACUCUGUGAGAUUCUUGAUUAUAGAUAACUUUAGUGUGUUGUCUUUCUUGAAUGCCAGUUAAAGUAGUAAUGAACUAGUCAUGUGGACAGUCUCAGGAUGUCCUGGUUAGACAGGGUGGUGCAGGCAGUGGUAAUAGCUGAGGUCACACAGUAGUUUUCUCUUUUCUGAGUGCAGUGUUAUUCCACCUGCAGAUGCUGUAAUGGACUGUGUUGGCUGGCUUCCAGCUAUAGGGUGGCAUUUGCAAAAGAGUACCAGGUGUGGCAGUAGCAGUGCGAUUUGUGCUUGCCUUACGUUGCCCACGGUCAGUAGUCUGGCUCUCAGGUGAUGGAUGGGGCUAUAAACCUCCCUAGGGUUUCUACCCUUUGUCUUAAGCUACCACGAUGAGUGGAGGGGCAAAGCCAGAUGAGGGCUGUGUUAGGUGGGUCUGCACUCUGAGUCACCAUGUGCAUGGAAAGCAGUGGCCCCUGUUGGAGAUGGAGUUGGUUCUCUGGCCACUGGGGUAAUGUUCCAUAGGGGAGCAUUGCUGCCUCUGCUGCACAGAAGAGUUUACACAGGGAGUAGCACGCAGCAGUGAGCCUAACCCAGAUUCCACACAGUUGGCAAGGCAGAUCAGGCUCCUACAGUACCCUGCUGGCAGCAGUGAGCUAUGUUCCAGGCAGUCUGCACUCAGAGCUCACAACUGCCUGAGGCCAUAAGCUUUUGUGGUGACAGCAACUGCUGGCUUUCAGGCCGUGCCCCUCUCUGUCCACCCGCAAAGCUCACACCCAGAUCCUGCACUCAUGCUGCAGCACACUUCCCACUCACCUUUCUGGUUCUGACCAAGGGAGUUCAUCUUCACUUGAGGUUAUAUUGUGAAUUUCAGUUCGGAGCUUUUUUCAAGGUACAGCCCUUGCCUGAGCCAGUUGGCUGAGUUCCAUGAGGUUUUCUGUGAGGUAUACUAAGGAAUAGCUUCCCUUGGUUCAUGCUGGAGUUUGGGAAUGCCUCUUCCUGCUGCUGCUUUUACCUUUAUAUUUCUCACUGCUCCUUAAAUGGGUUCCAGUGCUGCGAAGGGUUAAGGCCUUACCCCAUGGCCUGGACUUUCAGGUUCCCCAGUGGGAGUAUGUAUCCUGGAGCCAGUCUCUUUACCUCUCACACUGGGGGCUUACGGUUUUUCACCUGGCUCACAGAGUAGGCUGCAGCCUGCUGCUUCUUUCAAAGAGUCUGUGGAUCCUUUCAGUUUUGCUGUUCACUUCCUGCAUUGCUUCUUGGAAAAAAGUUUACAGUGAGAAUUUUACACACGAUUUUUAAAAAAUUUCUUUAUGUUGGUUUUCACCUUUCUCCGGUAUCUCCUUGAGCAACUUUUAAUCUGAAUUCUUCAUUUGGUAUUUCUAAUAUUUUAUCUUGGUUUGGCUUCAUUGAUAAAGAGCUAAUGUGAUCUUUUGGGAGGUGUUACAGAACCCCAUUUAUCAUUUUAACAGAAUUAGUUUUCUGGUUCUUUCUCACUUGGGCAGACUAUUUCCUCUAAUUUUUCUUAAGGAUUUGAAUUUAAUGUUUAUAGUUUAUUAUAGCCUAAUUUGGUUUUUGGUGCUUUCAGGUGAAAACUCUGUAUGAUUUCCAGUAAAAUGUAUAAUUCCUUGUGAUCAUAAUGUACCAAAUGUGCUAUAAAAUGUUAAGUUCAGAUACUGUAAGAGAGAUCACUACUCUGUUCUUGGAGAAAGGAAGGGGCUAGGUCCUAUAAGCUCUUCUCUUUUCACAAAGGCACAGAGAGGUUAACUUAAGCGACUCCUUAAAGGAUGGGUAGGAAACAGAGAUGUGUGUCCUCCCAACAUAUUAUUAUUCUGCAGACUGAAGGAACCACCGUGCUAUUCUAAGAACCUGCCUUCUUUACGCUGUAGUUCCAUGAGAAGUGCAAACAGGUAAACAAAAGAGACUGAGAAAGGCCAACUUUUUGAUAACUGUUGAGA